UUUUCUAGUAAAUAAAAGUUAAAAUGAUAACAUGAAGCCAAAUCUAAAUUCAAAACAAGACAAGAACAAACAUUUGAAACCAUUGUUUGUGCAAUCAAUCCCCUUAGCUGUUAAACACAAUCCCAAUAUUUAUUUCAAUCUCAACCGUCCCACAAUUCACACAAUUGAAUGAAACCUGGGAUUUCAAGUUUACACAGAUCUUCAUUUCAUUAAAUGCAUUCGAUCUGUCUCAUCUAUUAAAAACCCAAUCUUGAUGUGCCAUUACAACAAAACCCUUAAUUGCUCAUGGGUUUCUUGAUCUUGGGUUAUAGGUACUGAAAUAUUAUCAUCUGGGGUUUGCUGUUCUUGAAGCGAGUCAAACGGCACCCGACAGCAAAAGUAUGGCUCCGGGAGGUAACGUUUACGAGGAUGUAACCGAAUCAUGCACUGAUUACGGUGUCAAAAGCAGCCUCAGAUCGUGCGGUUCUGCCAGUGGUAGGCUCGGAAUGACGUCAAACAGCGGUGUGCAUGAGCUGCUUAAGUGUCCGGUGUGCGUAACCGUAAUGUACCCACCCAUUCAUCAGUGUCCAAACGGUCACACGAUCUGUGUCGUUUGUAAAACGAAAGUGCAAAAUGUUUGCCCGAUGUGUCGUGAAGAGCUCGGAAAUAUACGGUGUUUAGCUUUGGAGAAAGUUGCGGAGUCGAUUGAGCUGCCUUGCAAGUACAGUUGUUACGGGUGCCAAGAUAUUUUACCGUAUCAUAGCAGAAUCAGGCAUGAGAAGAACUGCAAGCACCGGGGGUAUAAUUGUCCUUACGCAGGUGUGGAAUGUCCCGUCACCGGUAAUAUACCGUUCAUUGUGGCGCAUCUCAAAGCCGAUCACAAUGUUGAUAUGCACGAUGGAUGUAGUUUCAAUCACCGUUAUGUGAAGCCGAAUCCUCAUGAAAUUGAGAAUGCUACUUGGAUGUUAACCGUUUUCAACUGCUUUGGGUACCAAUUUUGCUUGCAUUUCGAAGCGUUUCAUCUGGGAACAACGCCAGUCUACAUGGCGUUUUUGCGUUUCAUGGGGGAUGAAAACGACGCGAAUAAAUUCAGCUACAGCCUCGAGGUUGGAGGAAAUGGAAGGAAAAUGAAAUGGCAAGGAAUCCCGAGAAGCAUUCGCGACAGUCACAAAACGGUUCGUGACAGUCUUGACGGGCUGAUUAUAACGAGGAAUGUAGCGUUGUUCUUUUCUGGUGGAGAUGGCCAGGAGUUGAAGCUCAAAGUGUCGGGCCGGAUAUGGAAAGAACAGUGUUAAAAGUUGGAAUCUGAAACUUCAUCACCGCGUUAUUCGACAUGUGAUUUGUAUACAACAAAGUUACAUCUAACACAACAAACCCUUGUUGGAUGUGGUACUAUGUGGUCUUUGAUUGUACUUUUUGUAUGCUAAGUAAAUUUGAUGUACACAAAUCACUAAAGAAAAUGUUUAGCUUAAAGUAGGCAAGAUGAUGAUGUUUGACCUGAGAGUUCA